AUUGCGAAAGGAGGUUACGUGAUGGUGGAGGCGGAAGAGAUGGAGGAGUUACGGAGGAGGAGCAGAGAGCUCGAGAGAGAAGUAGAGGAGAUGAAGACGGCUAUGUUGGAGUUGUGGCGGCGGACAGUGGUGGCAGAAGAGGCCGAGGAGAGACUCUGCUCGCAGCUAGCGGAGCUGGAGGUCGAGUCUCUAGAUCAGGCUCGUGACUAUCACGAUCGUGUGGUCUUCCUCAUGGAUCAAAUCUCACGUCUCUCUUCUUUGUCCGUCGUUUCCUAGUAGAUUUUACUAUAGUUACUUGUAUAUUGUUGUGGAUGUGUGUACAGAUCCGUUAAGGAUUAUAUGUUUACGAAACGAUCUAUAUGGGCAAAUCUUGUGUUUUCAAUAUAAAACCCGGCCACCGGAGAAUUAACA